AACAUAGCCAUCUUGUCAAGAGUGACUGAGUGAGGGAGGCAACAUUAGGCGCUGUUCAGAACCUCACUUGUGUUAAAGUAUGAAAUUUAAGACCGUUCCCCCUCUCGACUUUAACACAUUUACCGUCUAAGCUACUGUCGCUACCGAAGAACUUGGAGCCGGUAAAGUGAGUCGGUGGAAAAGACUGCUUUCAGGAAGAUGUCUUACAUACUUGUCCCGACGUAGGGGGAGUGUUGCAGCCAGUUGGCUUCGCUUGCUAGCUAGCUCCGUGAGUGGAGGGCUGCGGGCCCGCCUCAGCCUAAAGUAGCUCCUGCAGCUGGGCAACACAUUCUGCGACAGCGGCCUUCUGACAACUGCAGAACCGGGACAUUAGCAGGCCGGUCCGGAUUGACCGACGGCUUCGGAUCCAUUCUCCUGGGGGCCACUGGUAUUGUUUGCAAAAGCUGCAUUGCUGGACAAGACGAAUCGUAGUGUGGUAUUGCGUUUCGAGCUCGUAAAAUGCAACAGGAGACCUAAAGGAAGAAGGAUGGCGUAGAAUCAUCUUGAUCAUAGUUAGCUAGACGAAGUAAAAAUAGAUGCAGGUCUGCUGUUUGAUAUAACCCAGCCUUUCGGAAGCUGAAAUCAGCUCGUUGAUUUUUCUUUUUUUUUGACGGAGGAUAACCUAUAGCCAUACGAGAGUUGGAAACAGGCUGUCAAUAUGUCGAAAAUGCCGGCCAAGAAAAAGAGCUGUUUUCAGAUCACAAGUGUGACACAGGCCCAGGUGGCAGCUAUUAGUGCCACCGACGACACAGAGAGCCUGGACGACCCAGACGAGUCACGGACUGAAGACGUUUCCUCGGAGAUCUUCGAUGUGUCGCGGGCGGAUUACGAACCGGUGUGUGACAGGAGCUCGUCUGAAGAAGCCCUUAACAACGUAGGGGAGACAGAGGCACCCGGUGUUAUGGCACCAUCACACAUACCUCAAGUCGGUCAGUUGUCUGCGCUGUCAAGCAAUCCCAACGGGGGCUUUCGAAAGGUAGGAGUGUCAGGCUCCAUUCAUGGUAGUCAGCCACUGCUGGGGACAGGGUUGCCCCUCAUGGCUCAGCCUGCACCGACAGUGGGUGGUGGGCCUACUGGUGCGGCAGUGAGCACCUCCCAGCCAGCCCCUGUGACUUGUUCAACUCCGUCUUCUACCACUUCCACGGUGAGUUGCAGUUCACGCUUCAGGGUCAUUAAACUUGAUCAUGGUACUGGAGAGCCCUUUCGCAGAGGCAGGUGGACAUGUACUGAGUUCUAUGAGAAAGACUCUGAGGGCUCUGUUGUUAGUAGGACUGUAGAUAGCAUUAGGCAUGGCAGUGCGACAGUGGACCCCAUCACGGACAGGGAUAGUGGACUUGGGCAUACAGGCGGCUCAGCGGUUGGCCCAGCAACACAUUCGGGUCAGGGCUUGGGCUCCAUGGCGGAUGCUUCACUCUCUAGCUCCCGCAUGCAUUCAGUGGACACACCUUCUCAGCAGCAGAUCCACCAUCAAGGCUACAGCGCUGGGCAGCAGGGUGUUAGUGGGACAGCCAAGCACACAGCCGCUCCACAGCAGCAACCACAGCCAGCAGUGGGGGGUCCCCAGGUUCCUGUUUCUCAGAAUCUGCUGCCUGUUGGACACAAUGGACUGCCUCAAAGUGGCAUUCAUAUACAGAAAUCCCCCAUCAUGCCCUCUGCUGCCCAGUCAGUAGCUUACCCUCCCCAGCAGCCAAUGCAGCAGCUUCCCCUGGGGCACCACCUGACCAGCCAGACAGAGUACUAUCAACAGCAACAGUCUGCAUCCAUGCAGGCAGGGGUUUCCGCCGGCCAGUCCCUCCCAGUGUCCAGCAUUACUGCAGGGGCACUGUCUGUGGGACAAGGCCCUUCAUCAGUCAUAACCGCAGCCUCUGGAGGGACUUCUCUGCCGAGUCAGGCUGGAGAGCUUGUCGGAGCAGGGGGAGGAUCUGUACCUGCUGGCCAGACAGUUCCGGGCUCUCUGCAGCCGCAGACUGCCGGAGGGAUUGGAGGUGUUGGGGGCUCUAUGCUUGUCGGAGGAUUGACUUUACAGCAGCAGCCGCAGCAGACUGUGGGUCAGUAUGCCGCAUCUGGACAGUCUCAGCCCCACGGCCUCCAUCCCACGCCCUCUGGGGUACAAAAUGUGCCUGCCACCACAGUGAGCUCCAGUGUGCCCACCACCGUGCCCACUGCUGUGCCCAGUGCCUCUAGUGCAGCCAUGCCAAACCUGACGACCUCCAGUUUGCCUCUGGGCCAGCAGUCUCAGUUGCCCCGCAGCAACACUGGGGCCCCGGGGGCCUUGGGGGCGCAGGGCCUCUCAGUGACUGGAUUUGGACAGGUGGAGGCUGGCAGUGGAAGGAAGUCUGAGGGUCUAGCCAACACCCAGCCUGCUCUUGUCUCUGGGAAGGACGUGGUGAAGCCCCUGAUCCCCGAGAGCCUGCAGCUUGCCACGCCAACUGUCAACAGCCUGUUUGGAAUCCCCAUACCUGUAGAUGGGGAUGAGGACAGGAACCCCUCGAAGGCUUUCUACCAGGCCUUCCAGUCUGGCAGCAGAUUAAGGGACUCGAAGGCCCACAUUGAUAGUGCCUCUGGAACCAACGUUGUUGCCAUUGAUAAUAAAAUUGAACAGGCGAUGGAUCUGGUGAAAAGCCAUCUGAUGUAUGCAGUGCGUGAGGAGGUAGAGGUCUUAAAGGAGCAGAUCAAGGAGCUGUGUGAGAGGAACUCGGUGCUGGAGAGGGAGAAUGCGGUUUUGAAAUCUCUGGCCAACAGCGAGCAGCUGUCUCAGCUGUCCGCCCAGUCGGCCGCCAGCUCCAGCAGCACGCCUCCCCAGCAAGGACUGAGCCAGGCCCAGGCUCCAGCACAGACCCAGCCUCAGCUUCAAGCUCAGCCCCAGCCUCAGUCCCAUCCCCAGCUCCAACACCACCCCAAGCCCCAGCAGCUCCAGACUCAGCCACAGCUCGACCCCAGCCAACAACUGCAACCCAACGUCACCUCCGCUUGAAGUGCAUCCGCCCUGCUUUCUAGAGGGCAGAGAAAAAUAGAGCAUCUUCUGUGCAAACUUAUAACAAUUAGUAUAUGUGAAAUAAAAAAAAACAACAACAAAACAUACAAAAAAAACAUUGUCUUCUUAGCCACCAGCUUGACCACAAAGUACAGUGCUUGUGUGUGUAUGAGUGUGUAUGUAUGUGUGUGUGCGUGCCCAUGUGAAGGUGAGCAAGUAAGCAAGUGUGUGACUGAAAUGGUGUUAGAAUGUACAUGUGUAUGCAUGUGUACUGUGGGCCUUUCCAGUGUUAAUGCAAUCAUCAAGAGAGAAAGUAUUAGGGAAGGUUAGGGUUUUUUGUUUUUGUUUUGUUUUUUUGGACUUUGGCCUCUGUGCUGGGCUCCCAGACUGGCUGAUAGCUGGGUUGGAGCCUGUUGACCCGAUGCCUCUCCUUGGACAGACUGGCCCUCAACCUGGCCUGAACCCAGCUCAAAUCACGUGUGUGGAUGGUGAGGGCUUCACCUCACAUAAAGGACGAAUGGGAUUGUUGUCAAAGAGAGCGAUAUAUUUUUAAAUGAGAUAAUUGAAUGGGUGACGGGGUGUAUUUUUAGCCUUGCUAUUUCGUGUUGUAAAGUAAGAAGUGGGAGAGAGAGAGUAUCUAUUUUCGGAGCGCCACCGCUGCCAUUACUUUUACAUAGAGUCCAAUCCUUGCAUCAGUCUUUGAGUUCUACUGUUAAUGUUUUAUUUAUUACAGGGCUGCUACUUUCGUAAAUGAACAAUGUCAUGAAACCUGUUUUAAAAUCGACAAUAGCCUUUUUUUUCUGCGUUUCCUCUUUCUUUUACAGUGUUCAAAUGUUUGGACAUAACUUUCCAGGGGCAAUGCAUUACAUUGACUAGGUAAAAAUGUAGGCAGUGAUAAAGAAAAUCUGACAAAUGUGUAACACUAACUGAAAUUUUGCUCUGGAAUUGCCAAUUCAUAGUUAAAAGUCGAGCUCCAGGAUGAAUGUACAUUUUUUUGUAUGGAGUGUUAAGUAUUAAGAGCCUUGCAAGGUGACUAUCACCUGUUGACAUCAAAUCUUAAUAUGAAUCUGCAGUAGGCAUUUGAUGAAGACAUCAACUCUUCUGGUAGUUUCUUUAUCUAAAAAUGAAUUAUUAUUGCCAUACCCCCCUCCCUGCUUCCAUGGGUUUAUUUUUUUUCCAAUGUUUUCCCUAAGGGGGAUGGGGGGGAAAAGCUGUGAAAUCAUUCAACCUACUUUGUAACCAAAGAUGCAAAGCUGUGUAAAUUGAUUAUUAUUUUUAAGUGCACACUCAUGUAUUUUUUUGUUACUUCCUCCUUCACAUCAUUUUGUUGCUGUUCAGCAUGUUCUGCAUGAUCUGUAAUCUUCAAACCACUUUCUUACCUCAUUUUUAUUCAGCACUCUUAUUGUAAGAUAGUAGUCUGUGAACAGUGUAAAUGGGGGAAAUGACAUGGAGCAAGAGUUGGAGUUGGCAGAGAGAAAAAUAACCUAGUGUUACAGACACUAGUCACAGAAAAUGAAGUGAGCCAUGUUUUGUUCAUUUAAAUGGUGUUUGAAUUUCAUAUGCCAAUAGUUUUGUUACAUUGCAAAUUUUAAUGUAUUUAAAUAAAAGCAAUAUUCAGAUUCCAAA